ACCAGUCCAACAUGGCGGCGUCCAUGGCGCUACGAUCUUAUUUACUUUGUCGUAGAGCCGGCUUAAACGUGAUUCCACAGCAUGCCACGUUAAGGAGUUUUGUACUAGGAUACGAUAACAGCACUUCUUUACAGUCCAGUGUUAGCUACGGGACUCGAGGGACAGACGACACACAGGACACCCAAGUGCACAUUCCAGUAGAGCGUCUGACGGUGUCUUACAGCCGGAGCGGUGGUCCUGGUGGUCAGCAUGUCAAUAAAGUCAACACCAAAGCAGAAGUCAGAUUUCACUUGCACACGGCAGACUGGAUCCCAGAAGAUGUUCGGCAAAAAAUCUUCGAAAAGAAUAAAAAUCGCAUCAAUAAAGCCGGGGAGCUGCUGGUGACCUCUGAGCUGAGCAGGAGUCAGCAGAGAAACCUGUCUGACUGUGUACAGAAGAUCUCCGCCAUCAUAGCUGAGGCCAGUAAGAAGCCCCACGAGCCAACAGCUGAGGACAUAGCUCUGAGAGCAGCCAGGUUAGAGAAGAGGAACAAGGAGCGACUUAAACAGAAAAAGAUCCAUUCAGCUACCAAGCACAGCAGACGAGUGGAUUUUGACUGACUGUUAGGCUUCCACCUUCCAUGGUCUGUCCUGUCAAUAAUAUAGAAUUUAUAUGUCCAGUGUUAAUUUUUUGUGUUCAAAUGCCAUUAAAAUAUAAGUAAGCAGAAUUUCUUUUUAUACAAAA